GCUUUCUAUGUUCCACUCUGCAGGUCGCAGCAACAGAUAACAAAACCCAAGAAAAACCUCUCCAUUUCUCUGUAAUCUAAUCCCUUGAAGAGAUAAUACAUGGCGAUUGUGGCUUCAUUGCCAACGCCAGGUCUCAACCUCUUCUCUUCGCUUCCACUCGGAAAGGACCCAACUGCUUCCUCUUCUCCUUCUCCUCCUCCUCCACCUCCCAUUCCCAUCCCCAAAUACCCUCCUCCUCUCAAAAAAUCCAAAAAUUCUGCCAGCCCUGCGUUCAAAAUCCCCCAUCUUCGAACCAAGUACUACAAGCCCGUUAAAGAUGGUGGUGGGGUCAUCGCGUCAGACGGUGACCGCUCUGUCCUUGUUGGCGACUCCGGUGUAUCCUAUCUUCUCCCAGGGGCUCCAUUCGAAUUCCAAUUCAGCUACUCAGAGACUCCUAAAGUGAAGCCAUUGGCCAUCCGGGAGCCGGCUUUCUUGCCCUUUGCGCCACCCACAAUGCCGCGACCUUGGACUGGCAAACCCCCCUUGAAAACCAGCAAGAAGAAGAUUCCGGUUUUCGAUUCGUUUAAUCCGCCUCCAGCAGGUAAAAAAGGGGUCAAGUAUGUGGAAAUGCCCGGCCCUUACCCGUUCGGGAAGUUUCCAGAGGAAGGGAAAUCCAGGGAGGAGAUACUCGGGGAACCUUUGAAGACUUGGGAGAUUAAACUGCUUAUUAAGCCUCAUUUGUCUGAUAAUAGACAGGUUAAUCUCGGGAGGGAUGGAUUGACUCAUAAUAUGUUGGAGUUAGUACACUCACAUUGGAAGCGAAGGCGGGUUUGUAAAGUUCGUUGUAAGGGUGUUCCUACUGUAGAUAUGGAUAAUGUUUGCCGGCAUUUGGAGGAAAAAACUGGAGGAAAGAUCAUUCACCGAGUUGGUGGCGUAGUUUAUCUUUUUCGUGGCAGAAAUUACAACUACCGAACUCGUCCGCAAUACCCGGUAAUGCUCUGGAAACCAGCUGCUCCGGUCUACCCAAAACUUAUUCAAGAAGCUCCUGAAGGAUUGACAAAAGCUCAAGCAGAUGAAUUUCGGAAGAAAGGGAAGAAUCUUCUGCCGAUAUGUAAAUUAGCAAAAAAUGGAGUGUACAUCACAUUGGUAAGAGAUGUUAGGACUGCUUUUGAAGGAAGUCCAUUGGUGAAGGUUGACUGCAAAGGGAUGGAACCUAGUGAUUACAAGAAGUUGGGUGCUAAGCUUAAGGAUUUGGUCCCUUGUGUGCUGUUGUCUUUUGAAGAUGAGCAGAUACUGAUGUGGAGGGGACAAGACUGGAAAUCAAUGUAUCCAGAAGCUCGACCUUCCAUUUCAUUUCCUGCUGAAUUAGAUAUUGCAAGUGGUUCUGAUGAUUCAGGCAAAUCUGAUGUUGAUUGUGAUAACUCUGAUGCCAAAAUAGUGAGCUCAAGCCCUAAAAUGAUGCUCCUGUGGAAGCAUGCACUUGAGUCAAACAAGGCAAUUUUGCUAGAUGAGAUUGAUCUUGGUCCUGAUGCUCUUUUGACAAAAGUAGAGGAGUUUGAGGGUAUUUCGCAGGCCACGGAACACUCCUACCCUGCAUUAGUUAUGUCUAGUGAAGGUGGUAGCAGCAACUCAAUCUCAACAUUUGAAGAUGAUUCUCAUAGUGAAAAUUUUUCUGAAGAUGACAUGUAUAGUGAUGAUGAAUACUAUGAUAGCGAAUCCUUUGAAGAGCUAGAAACCUCAGCCCCUCCGGGAUCAUUAUCCAUUGAUCUGAUACCAGAGAAGCUCGAUAAAAAAUGAAAAUGGAAGAAGUAUCUGUCUGCUGUGCUUAUCAACCUUUCUUGCUCGCAAGGGCAAGGCAAUGCUAUUGCAUGGCAAGUGCUGUCCUCCUCCUCAGCUGAAUGUCUCUUGUGUGUAUUUGUAGCCUUUCCUUUUGCUCUUAAAAAUGUUCCGCUGCCCCCAAUGUAAAGAGAGAGAAACGGAAUAUUAAAUUAUUUAUGAUGAAAAAUAUUUAUUAAACUAUAUAUAAAAAUGGAGUUCUAAGCCAAAAA